AUGGGUUAUGCUAAGGUACUUCUAGGUGUGCUCCUAGUCUCUGCUCUGGCCACCACAUUAACCGCUCAGCCACUGGCACCAUUCAAAUGCAGCAAAGCGACCGCCAAGUGCACCGCCCUGAUCGACUACGUGUCUCCCAGCAAUACCAUCCUCUCCUCCAUCAAAGAUCUUUUCCAAGUCAAGAAGCUCCGCAACCUCCUCGGCGCCAACAACUUCCCAAGCACCACCUCAGAAAAGCAGACCAUCCGCGCUUACCAGAAGAUUCGAAUCCCCUUCACCUGCGCCUGCUCCAACGGCACGGGUCUCUCUAACCGCAGCCCCGUCUACACCGUCGGCGGCCGCGAUGGGUUGUACCACAUCGCCGCCGAGGUGUUUUCUGGACUGGUAACAUUCCAGGAAAUUGCGGCCGUUAAUGGGUUGGUUGAUGUGAACAAGAUUGAGGUGGGGCAGAAGCUGUGGAUCCCACUUCCAUGCAGCUGUGAUGACGUGGAUGGGGUCAAGGUCGUCCAUUAUGGACAUCUGGUGGAUGGUGGGAGCACGGUGGAGGGCAUAGCGGAGCAGUAUGGGACGACGUCGUCUACUCUGUUGAGCCUCAAUCAGAUGACUAAUGCUAGCGAUCUUAAGGCCGCUCAAGUUCUUGAUGUCCCCCUCAAAGGGCACCGAACAGAGGGCUCUGCCAACCGUUUUCGUUUUCUAGCGCCGUUCUUUGCUAUCCCGCGGGACCCUUAUGCUCCAAACAGCGUGAAGUUGACGCAUUUCCGGUUCCCUACGUUGUUUACUCGUUAUAAUUUGCUGUAA